AUGUGUAGGCAAAAUUGUCGUGCGAAAUCCUCACCGGAGGAGGUGGUUUCAGCUGAUCAGAAUCUCUUGGUUUACAGUAAACCAGUUCGACUAUACAACGUUCUUCACCUUCGCUCUCGAACUAACCCAUCGUUUCUUCCGAGAACAUUGAGCUACGCAAUUCGAGCAAAUGGCAAAAGAAAGUCAAGAAAUACUGGCAUGGUAGUUUUCAACUAUAAGGAUUGUAAUGAUACAAUACAGAAAACUGAAGUUACGGAGAAUUGUUCUUGUCCAUUUUGUUUUAUGCGAUGUGAUAGCUUCAAGGGCCUGCAACUUCAUUUAAGUUCAACUCAUGACUUAUUUGAGUUCGAGUUCACGCUUUCGGGAGAAUACCAGACAGUUAAUGUCUCUGUAAAACUUGAUGCAUUCAGAUUUGAGGAAGAAGAAAAUAAAUUUGAGCCGUUCUCUUUUUGCUCGAAACCUCGUAAGCGUAGACAAAGAUGUGGUAGAAGAAAGGCCAGGCGACUUAAUGUACGCUUUUUACCGCUGGAUUCACCCGAUUUAGCUAAUCACACAGAAAAUGGAACCACCCUGCUAAAUAAUGGAUACCGUGGUUUAGGAUAUCCCGAGGCAACAUUUGGAAUGCCUGGCAACACUCCACCGGCCAUAGCUCGCUCUUCUCUGGACUCUGAUGCUAAAGCUGUGUUACCAACCGAAGCCGUGGUCCCUGCUACUAAGACAAGAAAGUUAUCUGCUGAGCGAUCUGAGGCUAGAAGCCACCUACUUCUUCAGAAACGCCAAUUCUAUCACUCUCACAAAGUUCAGCCAAUGACACUUGAGCAAGUAAUGUCUGAUCGGGAUAGCGAAGAUGAAGUUGAUGAUGACGUUGCAGAUUUCGAAGAUCGCCAGAUGCUUGAUGAUUUUGUGGAUGUGAGUGUAGACGAAAAGCGCUUCAUGCAUCUCUGGAACUCAUUUGUAAGAAAGCAAAAGAUCCUUGCGGAUGGUCAUGUUCCUUGGGCAUGUGAAGCGUUUUCAAAGUUUCACAAGCAAGAGUUGCUUGGUUGCAAACCACUCUCCUGGUGCUGGAGAAUGUUUUUGAUUAAACUAUGGAAUCAUGGACUUGUCGACGCAACGACCAUCAACAACUGCAAUCUCAUACUCGAGAAAUGCGAUAAUAACUCAGACAGCAACAACAAUAACAGUAGUGUGAACGAUCAUCAAGAUGACAUAAACAAUAACAAGGUUGACGGUAUGGAUGUUGACAAGGAUGGCAAAUAA